AUUAUCACACGUAGGGUUUCUAAUUGGAUUAUGUGCUAAAAAUUGGUUUUUGGUUUAAUUUUAUUAUCAACAGGCAUAAUAACUAGUCUCCAAAAUGUGGCUGUACGAGGCCGAUGGUUUCGCCGAGAUUUUUAAGGGUUAUUUGCCUUAUUACCUAUUAGUUGCUCUGCCUAUUUUUAUCAUUAUGUCCCCUGUGAACCCAGUAGCUGCUUCUCAUGAGUUUUCUGUGUAUAGAAUGCAGCAAUACGACCUUCAUACAGUACCUCAUGGUUGCCGCAGUGCAAGUUUCAAUUUGGAAGGGCGUUCCCUCACCUCAUGGAGCACCUCCCGCCAUUGUGUGGUGGCUCGUGUUCAAGACAUAACAAUUGAUCAGUUCAUGGAGAUUCGCAGCAAGGCAGGAGCUCUCCUGCUUGUGCUGCCCAAGAAUGAUACUGUGCUCUCUUCGGAAGAGAAAGAGCACAUUCAAUUACUUGAAAUGGCCAUGAUCCAGCAAGAAGUCAGCGCACCAGUGUACUUUGCUCAGUGGACACCGGAGUAUGAGACCAUAUUGCAAGACCUGCAACACAGUUUUAUCACUGAUGACAAAUCUGGCACUGCUUUAGAAGCAAUAUUCAACAGUGUCUCUUCCAAUGGCUAUCAAAUUGUGGUAUCAGCACCCACUCCACAAAAGAUAGAAUCCAAGCCUGUGACUUUGCACGGCAAGUUGGUCGGGCGCUCCGGAUCGUCUCAAACUAUUGUGAUAGCUGCGCAUUACGACUCAUCUGGUGUUGCUCCUGAGCUAUCCUCUGGCGCGGACUCGAACGCGUCCGGCGCCGUGGCGGUGCUAGAACUGGCGCGGGUGUUCUCCCGGUUGUACGCGGGCGGUAGCGGGGGCGCGGGGAGGGGGGCUCCUUCGCUACUGUUCGUACUGACUGCGACGGGACACUCGCUAAACUACUUCUCCAUAAAGAAAUGGUUGGAGGAGCAAUUGGAUUCCGCUGAUGCGUCGCUGCUGCAGGACGUAUCAUUCGCAAUGUGCCUGGAUUCAAUAUCCUCAUCGGAUCAGCUUACAAUGCACGUGUCCAAACCUCCUAAAGCCGGUGGUGCCUCCCACUCGAUCAAGGAGCGUCUCCGAGCGCCAGUUAACCACAAGAAGAUCAACUUGGCUGACGAGACUUUAGCCUGGCACCACGAGAGGUUCAGCAUUAGGAGGGUUACGGCAUUCACACUUAGCACCUUGCAAAGUCACAAAGACCCAUCAAGGAGUUCUGUUCUGGACACAUACUCUGAGGAGUCUCUCAAGAACUUGGUGUCCAACAUCGGAGUUAUAGCCAGAGCUCUAGCCUCACAUAUUUACAACCUUACAGAUGAAGCUUCUGAUGAAGACUGGGCGCUAUACGACCAAGCACUGGGUAUCGAAGAGACUUCCGUCAAGCAUUGGUUCAAGUAUUUGGCGUCGCAGUCGAGAGCGCCUCAAGUCGUCACCACUGGCAUACCACCCACUUCGGGUGUAACGGCAGCAUUGGAACGCGCUCUGUCACGUUACAUGGACGUUACGGUCAGCGUUCACAGCGUAGACAAGAGAGAACCAGAGUACACGCUGUAUUCACCGACUAGGGCAGUCUUAUAUGUGUACAGUGUCAAACCAGCCGUGUUCGACUUGAUUCUGACCGUGGCCAUAGUGGCAUACCUCAGCAUUCUUUACUUCGCUAUGCAAUAUUUCCCGAGAUUCUACGAAGAGUAUGCCAAAAUUGUCACUGGAAAGGCCAAGGUACAUUAGUAUCGUAUGUUAGGAAACAGGCCUUAUGUACUAGACAUAAAGUUCAUUAUUGACAUGAUGUGUUCUUUUGGUAUUAUGAAGUCAAUUUCUAAAUAAUUAAUUUAAAAGAGAUAACGUAUCGGAUUCGUUUUAUAUUAUUAUGAAUAAAAUAACUAAACGCAAAAAGCAAUUUCUAAUAGGGUAUUGCCAUCCUUUUUACACUUACGGAAUGUGUAUGAACAAGAUGAGUCAAAUAUUUGUUAUUACAUUCAAUUUAACCCACUCAUAAGGUCUGUUACCGUCGUAUAUAAGGUUUAAGGAAGUCAUAGUCUAUUUAUAAGCAUCGAACAAUAUAGUUAAGUUUCAGUCUUAUGUCUGUUGUAAUAGAGGUGGAUUUACCAAAAAAGUUCGUUAUUUGACGCAAAUCCACAAUGUUGUAUUGUCAUACGACAUAUACUUACUAUCAUAACUGAUACGAACAUUGUGUAUACAAUGUUCGUAUCGAAUUGAGAGAAAAAGCAAUAAAUUAUGCGUUAUUUUAUAUCCUAAAUUAAUUUUUUAUUCGUCUUUAUGAAUAAGUAUUAUGAAAAUCAUGAUCACAAAUGCAAAAUCAUUUUGUCAUUAUUUUGUGUGAUCUCGAAAUUUAAUAAAAGAUCAUUGUCAAAUAUUUAAUUUUAUUAUUUUAAACAAACUGUUACAUAAUAUUAUUUUAAACAAAGGAAAUCGUAUGUUGAUACUGUUUAUUUUUUUCUUUAUAUUACAAUGCAAAGAGAUAUAACAUUAUUUUGUUACUAUACAUAAAUAUGGCAAGUGUAAGUUACCUAUGAAUUGUGGAACAUAUUUAUGCCCGGUGUCUAUAUAUAACGAGUCGUUAUCAGUUACUGUUGUGAAAUAGACACGUUGCGAAUAAAUUUUAAAUUAAUUUUAUGGAAAAGACCAAAAAAAAUGACUAUUCAAUGAUUUUAUUCUUUCUUCAUAAAAAUACAAGAAAAGGGAUUGUAGUUAUUAUUUACUAUCUCACCUAUUGAAAUUCAUGUACAGUGAGCAUUUUUACAAGUAAUUUAUACAUCAAACCUUUUCGUGUUUACACCCCAUAAAAGGCAUUUAUUUAAAGAAAAAGUACUGAAUACUUUCAAAAUAUAUUUCUUUAAAAUCCGUGAAAACAUUGAAUGCUUUUCGGGUAGAAAAAUGGGCUUGAUUCUUAUAUGAUUCCCAAAACUUGAAAGUAAAUUUACCAGCAGUCAAUCCUUAUCUUAAUCUACACAGCACUAUAAGUUAAUACUACUACAAAAUUGAGUUAAAAGUUAAAAAAUCGUGCCGCAAUCAGUACCAUUGUCAGAAUAGUCUCUGAAUCUUAUCUGUCGUUAAACAUGUUUUGUUUAAAAACAAAAAACUGAACUCGUAGUAACCGGGCAUGGUGUGUACUGUACCCUUAGUACUAACCAAUAUCGAAUUCGAAUAGUUUGCGAGUGCGAAAUAUCAAUGUCAAAUUUUGUAUCUAUACUUAAACAGCAGCGCCACAACGAACGUAGUGAGAACUAAAAUUCAGUACACAUUUGACGUUUUUCUAGAUCCAAUUCAGCUAUUCGAAUUCGAUAAUAGGGGUGAUGCCAGUUAGACGAUCAAAAAAUAAUGGACACGUAUUUUUUCUUGGGCAAUCAACCAAAAAAUGACAAAAGUUAUAGCGCGUCAAAAAUUGGGAGUAGGGGCUCGUGACGUCACUUUUUAGCAAAUUUUCACUUAAAAGUGUACCAAAACGUGACGUCAAUGGACUUUUCAAAUCAAUAUAUCGCUGCAAUGUUUAUAUUAUGUGAAAAAAGAAAAAAUACGUGUCCAAUACUUUUUGAUAAUCUACCUGAUAAACGAAGAAAAACAAUAGUCAUCAUCCCUAUUGUACGUGCUAAGGGUACUGAAAUUAAUUUUGUAUCCGCUGUGGUUAUUUAAAUAAGCCGUGUGAGUGAGACAGUGAGUAUGGUUGAGUUACGUGAACAAUAUUGUUUCGCCGUCCCGUCAGUUCCUCAGAGUGAUUACCUAUUAUGGAGUUACAUAAUAUAUGAAAUGACCAAUUAUGUUUAUGUUUAGUGGUUGAAUGCCUGACCCAGUACAAAAAUUUAAUGAAUUUCAAGAAAUGUUUUAUGUUGAAUGGCCAUGGCUAUAUUUUGUCAAAUGAAAUAUUUGGGAAAGACAUAAAUUUGUUACUAUUAUGGUAAACAAUUAGUAUAAUUUAAAGACUCUGAAUUCAGAACAGAUUCAGAACAGUUACCGAAUAAAUUAUUAAAAAAAAUAUAUACAAAGAAAACAGAAUUCUACAAAUAAAAAAUAUAAAGUUUAAUUAUAAUGACGACUCUAUUGUAUCUAUUUCAAAUAAACUUCCGCUCGUAUCUAUCGGCCCACCUAAGACAUUAUGUUUUGACAGUCCAUAGCUUAAAAAUGAGGAAAAAGUUUUUAAGCAGUUUUGAAUCUGAUUAAUGAACCAUCUUUUUCGUUUGUUUUAAAAACCUAUUAAUAUUUCUCAACCUAACAUAAUAUUUAUCGUUGAAACAUAUAACAUUGAGAGGGCCGAUUGAAGUGUCCGGAAGUACUAAUUAUAAUGUUCAAAGGACAGGCACGAAACCUUAUAAUAUGAUAGUGUGAUGAUAUAGGGUGUAUUCCGUAAUAUAUACCAUGCUACCGUGCUAAUGACGUCAUGAAUCGACGCUAUACUGGUGAAUUGUUCCGAAAUAUAUCGGCCAGUGCACUGAUGUCAUAAAUCGACGGAAUAUUAAAAAUAGUGCGAAUAAAGAAGAUUUUUUAUUCAACUCAUCAACUAAAAGGAAUUCUUUUUGUUCGGAUGCCAUUAUUGUUCUUUAAAUGAAAACAAAUAAAAUUUGAAUGCAUCUCACGCACGCUCGGUCAUACGUCAUAUUCGUUUUCCCGGUAAAAAUAUGGUAGCAUACACCAGUACAAUAUGGCGUCGGAUUCGUGACGUCAUUUACCACUGGCCAGUAUACUGAUGAACAUUUCGGAAUUCACCCAUAAAUACGAAUAUUUUAAGUAGGGCCCGCUUAUAUUAUGCUUGUUGUGUUUUUCCAUAAUUAUUGUUUUAGUUUAGUCGACAAAUCAUGAAUGAACUGCGAGUUGGUAGGUUAAGCUUUGAAGUACCUAAGUCUAAUAGUGGUGUUUGGCAAUAUGAGUGCUGAAAACUCUUACGCAUUUUAUUUUAAACGAUUUUACUAUGGUAGUCUGUUUAAAGUACUCAAAUUGCUGGAAUUGUGACACUGGAAACUGAUUCUUAAGUGCACAGAAUAGGGUACGUAAUCAUUUUUGGAUUAUUGCAUGCAAAUUGUUUAGUCUUUUUCUUGACUAUAGUUUAUAAAAUUCCUGAUUGAAUAAUUCAAAGUGAAUAGUUAUUUAACUUUGAAGAAUAAUAUUCUAAUAAUGAUUGCCGCAAAGAACAUUCACAAUAAAAUUAAUGAUUUUCAAAAUAUAAUAUAAAAUAUCCAUAGUAAAAUCUAGUGCGCUGAACAAAAUAGUGUCUAAAGUGUUGUGAGCGUCCGACGUAGGCGAAAAUGGUGAACUGCAUGGAAUUGGUAAUAAAGUUUUGUUUAUAUUCGUGCGUUUUAUUAUUUUUCAAGUCCUUUUCUAUAAAAUGACAGUUUAAAAUUCUACCUUAUGUCGGUAGGCAGACACCUAAAAGAAAGAAAUUCUAUUUAGUCCGUCAGUUAGAUGAUCAAAAAAUAAUGGACACGUAUUUUUUCUUUGGGCAAUCAACCAAAAAAAUGACAAAAGUUAUAGCGCAUCAAAGUUUGGGAGUAAGGGCUCGUGACGUCACUUUUAAGUGAAAAUUUUACCAAAACGUGACGUCAUGCGACUUUUCAAAUCAAUAUAUCUCUGCAAUGUUUAUAUUAUGUAAAAAAAGAAAAAAUACGUGUCCAAUACUUUUUGAUAAUCUACCUGAUAAACGAAGAAAAAUGCUUAUCCAACACCACGAAAAGUAGAGUGGCUUUGGUACUACAAUGCGCUAAAAUUGGUAUUUAAUCUAGUGUAAUUUUUAUCAAACUAUACGUGACAUUGUAUUCUUACAAUGUGGGACAAAAAUUGUUGUGUUCGUUAGUAGUUUAGACACUGCUCACUAUGGGAACAUAACACAAACUUUUUAACGUACUUUUAGCUGGCCAGCUAAUUAAAGACAGUAAAAGCUGUGUUCUGAAUAUAAGAAAUAAAGAAAUAAUUGCAUUUUGUUUUUCUUUGUUUUGUCGCGUAUUUUCAUGAAACGUUGAUAUUACAUAAAAAACCUAUUUUUUUUAUUAAAAUUAAUACGUUUUAAACCCAGCAAUAUGGGAAAAACAAGAGUUGCGAUUCGUCCACUAGGAAGAUUAUUUUCAACUUUCAUAAAGAUUGGUCAUACAGAAAAAUAGCAAACCACUUGAACUGUUCUAAGGACAUGGUUAUGAAUGCUAUAAAACAUUUCAAGAAGUUCAACACGACCGAAAACGUACCAAGAAAAACUACUCUGCGGGAAGACUCUAAGAUGGUGUUGUUGGCAAAAAAAGAUACGUUCGGAGUUUUUUGGUGCAGGAGGGUCGAAGGGUGUGUCUGCAAGAACAAUUAGACGGAGACUAUGUGAGGCAAACUUGUACGGAAGAGUGUAUCGGAAGGUGCCACUUUUGAAAAAGCAAAAUGUUAAGGCAAGAUUAGCAUUUGCUAAAAAAUAUGUACACUGGACUGAAGAUAAAAGCACAUGUUUCCACAUGUGGUUUUCUCUGAUGAAACAAAAAUUAAUAUGAUUAAUUCUGACGGAAAACAAUAUGUUAGACGCCUCCCGAACAAAGAAAUAGAUCCAAAGUAUACCAAGAAAGUAGUUAAACAUGGGGGCGGAUAUAUCAAAGUUUGGGCUGUUUCUCAGGACUUGGUGUUGGACCUGUCAAGAAAAUAGAAGGCAACAUGGAUAAAAUUCAGUGCAAGAAUAUUUUAGAACAAGCCAUGCUGCCCUAUGCCGAGCAAAAUUUACCGGUCAUUUGGACUUUCCAUCAGGAUAAUGAUCCGAAACACACUGCAAAAGUAAUAAAAGACUUUUUAAGGAACCAGUCUGUGACAGUUUUGGAUUGGCCCCCAUAAAGUUCUAAUUUAAACCCAAUAGAAUAUUUGUAGUACCAGGAGAAGAAGACAGUGGCGACAAAACGGACCUCAAACAUCGAUCAACUAUACACAGCUUUAAGAGAAGCUUGGAAGCAAAUUCCGGUGGAAGCUUGUAAAAAAUUGAUCGCUUCCAUGCCCAAGAGAUGUCGUUGUCAUUUCUGCCAAAGGACAUGCGACCAAAUAUUGAAACGUACCGGAAAGUUUUAUAAAUGUGUUAGGAAUAUUGUGUAAUAAAGAAAAUUUCAAUAAUAACAAUUUUUUUUCCUAUUUCUUCUAAGCAAAUCGAGUGUCUUUAAUUAUCUGGCCAGCUAUAAAUACGUUAAAAAAGUUUAUGUUACGUUCCCAUGUCUAAACUACUAACGAACACAAUUUUUUUUCGUCCCACGUUGUAAGAAUACAACGUCGUGUAUGGUUUAAUAACAAUACAACUGGAUUAAAUACCAAUUUUAUCUAAUGUUAGUACCAUUGCAAGUUUUUUGUGGUUAAUUAGGGGGUGUCUUUAAUUAUGUGACCACCACUGUAUAUAUGAAUCAGUAUUAGUAUAUAUUCUAUCCGUUACCCUAGUAUCCCAUAACCAGCCUACAGUGCUUGGGGCUGGGCUAAUUGGUGUGAGUGUUAGAAAUAUUUAUUUUUUUAUAAACUAUGACCUAUUGAUAAAGGAAUAGGAAAGAACCAGUAGACAAGUAAAGAAAACAUAAUUUUCAAUAAACAUCUGUGUUUUAAAAAAUUAAACAUACAAAAAUAAUCAUAACGUAUUUUAAAACAUAUUAAAAUAACUUAGCACUAAUUUCAACACAACAGUCAACAAUGCAUUCUAUCAAUGAAAUGUAAACUUUAUUAAAAUAAUAACAAGUUGUCAAGCAGUAGAAGACUCAAUAGAUUUGUGUUACCUACAUACUUGAUGUACUGUUGAAAAUAUAUUUUAUGGCACUUAGAACAUUCAACAAUAUAAAACUUAGUUUUCGUAUAACAAAACUACUUUCUUAUUGUACUUACUUAUACUAAUUUUAUAAAAAUAACACUUUAUUUAUUUUAAAGUAAUUUGAUAUGGAUAUAAUAUUUUCCUCAAAGAUGUGAUUUCUUGUUUAUUUAUUGUAUUUACUCUGUAUAGCAUAAUAAUCUCAAUUCAUAUCUUAAACAAAGUCCAUUAUCCCUCGAACACUUCGACGCUUGCUGCCCCGUUGAUGUCCUUAAGCUCGACCGACUUGAAUGUAGCAACGAAGUUGAUUUUGCCGAUUUUCUAAAAGGAUAACAAAAAAUAUUAUUAAUUUGAAAAUGAAGAACCGCAUUUAUAAAUAAAUGAAUUCAGCUGAACUAAAGUAUUAUACAUCAAACGGCUAUGUCACUGACAUUAUACGUUACCACGAACAUGAGUACUGCUCAGACUAACUGCGUAACAUUGACCCUACUACUGGUCUUGGUAUAAGGAAAAUCUACUUUAAUCAGUCGACAUAAAGUAAGUUAUAGGUACGUGUUGGCGUCUUGACGUUGGGUAAGAAGACCAAUGCAAUUGGUGGCCAAUGUAGACUAGCAUUGUGGUGUUGCCCAUGUGUUGGUGCGCUCUAUCAGUUAUUAUGGACAUGGACGACGAAAGACAAAUGUUGCCGAGCAACAAGCGACAUGUUGCGCUUUCGUUUACUCGGCAAAUUAGGCAAGCGACAUCGAGCGACGACUAAGCAAGACAUUAACGUACUUUAUGGCACGUAUUUAACCAUAUCUGUAAGUACAUGAAUGCAAUAAAUUAUUUGAUAUUUGACAAAUAUUAUAUACCAACGUACGUUGGUAUUGGCUUUCGCAUGGCCAACAUGUUAAGUACUGGCGCAUGAGCCAGUGACGCGAUAUCAGCCGGAUCCAGGAUCUGGAUUACACGCUUUAGAAGAUCAUGUCUAACGUUGUAUGUGUGAGUAUAUAUCGUACUUAUAUUGGAUUCUACGGUAGUUAAGUUGAUGAGAUUCCUUUGUGCGGCUAAGAUCGACACAAGCGAGACCCGAUGACGUUAGAGCUAACAUUCAGACAGUGGUCUCCAGAUGAUCACCCUAACGCUAUUUAUGUUUUUAUCGAUGAUGUUGUAGGUAUUUGUUGGGCUGUACCGGCAGACGGACUGGAGUCGUAUCAGAGGCUGAGAAGCGCAGUGUUCUUCCAGAGAUACGUCUGGCGGAAGUUAUAGCUAGACAGCACACUCCAGACGAUCAUUUUUAACUAGCUACUUACAUUUGACUGUACUGAUAGUUUAGCAGUAACAACCCCUCUAGGCGGCACAUCUGCGGCAAGGAAGCUGCUGAUGUGACAACUAAGUGAAAGUAGAGUUCUUACAGUGAUCCGGAAAGUGGGAUUCUUCCAGCAAUCCGGGAAGCGGAGUUCUUCCAGCGAUACCGGAUAACUUCUAACGUCACCGGUAUCGAUGGAAGAACACUACUUCUGCGGAACCAAUAAAUCAGACAACGCUCUCCAAUGGUAAUGUUUGGUAUAGCGAUUUAGCUACUUACAUUAGGUUGUACUGGUAGUUGAGCUGUAACAACCCCUUUAGGAUCCACAUCUGCCGCUGGGAAGCGGAGUGUUCUUCCAGCGAUACCGGAUGACGUCAAACGGAAUUCGCAGCCGGAUAAUGCUCGCUCUAACGGGUUGAGGAACGUUAGGACUGCAGUUGUCGGCUGACCGAUGAUCAGGUCUUCGUUGAACUGUGGAGGACAUAUAAAGGUAAGAUUGGACUUGUUGAUAUUUAGAAACUUGACCUUCAUUAUGUCUAAUAGAUAAGGCAGCCAGUAUGUACCUUAGUGAAGUUGCCAAAGUGCCAUAGGAAAUCAUGAACGAUAAUCCUGAUAUUGCCAACCUUUGGGUACUUUUGUGCGUGAUACUUCCAAAAGGUCAGUGGUGUCAUCAUCAUCAGAAUAUUUCUAUCCUCACUGCUGGGUCACAGCCCUUCCCUAUGGACGGAAUAGAGAGAUUGGGCCGUGACUCACCACGUGGGCCCAGUGAGGAUUGUUGAAUGCUAACGACUAGAAAUGCAACCGGGACCAAUGGUUUAACGUGCCUUUCGUAGCACGGCUCCUCCGUGCUAGAUCCAGAUAAAAAGAUUUUGGUUAGCCAUCCAAUGACCAAAGUUACUUAACUUCACGAUCGCUGGCCGAAUGCGCUUACCACCUACACCAUCGAGCUCCUCAUCAUAACUGGCUCUGACAGCAGCUUAAGAAUGGCAAGAGGAAUUUCGACGCGCAACAUAAUUGGUCAGUGUAUUC